AUGAACUUCCACCACAUAUCUUCAGACAUGGACCAUUCCAUGCCAGAUCAUUCAAUGCCCGAUCAUUCUGAUCACUCAAUGCCUGCAAUGUGUUCCAUGAACAUGCUUUUCACUUGGAACUAUGAAAAUACUUGUAUUGUUUUCAAAUGGUGGCAUAUCAGAUCACUUGCCCUGUUCAUAAUGUCGUUCUUCCUAAUCAUCUUUAUAUCCAUGGGAUACGAAUUUUUUAGAUCAAAGAUCACAAGAUGGGAAUCCAAACAAUUACUUCAAUUCAACAAUGCCAAUAGCGACUCCUCAGCGUUCAAACAAUUCAAAUUGAAGAAAUCUAUCCUUUAUGGAUUUCAAGUAGGGUAUUCAUUCAUGUUAAUGUUGGUAUUUAUGACCUAUAAUGGUUGGUUAAUGUUGGCUGUGGUUUUUGGGGCUGCUUUAGGGAAUAGAAUUUGGGAUAACUCAUUCAAUGGUAUGAAUUGUCAUUAG